CGCUCGAAGCAAACAAGGGAAACAACCAGAUAAUCACUUCUACUGCCAUCUUAUAUUAAAACUUGUUGGUUCCAAUCUUUGGACUCCAGAAAUAAUGACAGCGAUCGACUCAUACAUUAAUAGUUUUGCUCCCCUUUUUUGAAAAAGAAAAAAGAAAAAGGAAAAAUGCUACAGUUUAUAUUGUUAGCCGGAACGACAGCUAUCAAUGUAGCCUAUUUCAUUAUUGGUUCCUGGUAUUUAACCGUUAAAGUGAUCUUUAUAUUAUUCCGAAGAGCUUUACUCCCCACCAGUCUGAAAGCUAUUGAGAAUGAUAUUAUACUUAUUACGGGUGGUGGAAGAGGACUAGGCCGGCAAAUAGCUUUGGAGUUCGCAAAAUAUAAACCUAAAUUGAUAAUACUGUGGGGCCGCCACGUACAGUCACUCUCCCAGACCAGUACAGAAGUGUGUGCACUGGGAACCCCUUGUGUUUACAUGCAAUGUGAUGUCAGCAUCAAAGAAGAUAUCGACAAACAGGCAAAUGAAAUAAAACGCCAACAUGGAGCUGUUACCAUUCUUGUGAACAAUGCUGGAUUAUUGGCCCCGGGGAAUUUUCUGGAAGUUGAAGACGAGAAAAUUGAGCAGGUUUUCAAAGUUAACAUAUUGGCUCAUUUUAGGACCGUGAAAACGUUUUUACCUGAGAUGCAGCAGUUAGAACAUGGCCACAUCGUGACGAUUGGAUCUUGUCUUGGAAUCUCAGGAAUGGAUGGUGUUUCAUCCUAUAGCAGUUCCAAGUUUGGCGUGACUUCUUUUGCUGAUUCUCUGGCAGCCAUGUUAGACAGUGCUACCUACAAAGGUGUUGAAUCCACUGCCGUUUAUCCAUUCCAGAUUUCAAACAGUAUGUUCGCUGGCUGUGAAAUUAGGUUUCCUCGUUUGUUUCCUCCUGUGGAUGAAAAGUAUGUUGCUGUAAAGACAGUAGAAGCAGUUCUUACCAAUACCAAAUCCCUCAUGAUUCCACGCCUUAUCGGUUAUGUAAUCAUAUUAAAGACACUCAUGCCCUUUGAAGUGACCACAAAGUUAAACAAGUUCUUUGGUGUUUCAACAGCAAUGGAAAAAUGCAAGAAACUUGGAAAUUCUACAUCAAGCUGACUGAAAUCUAAAUAUGCAGUUUCACAGACACAUCAAAGUAACUGAAGUAACAGUUGUUUUUGUACUUGCAAUUUUUAAAAUAUUUUUUGUAAAUACGUUUUGAUUUUUUUUCUUUUUUCAAAGAUUUUUUUUUUUUUCUUUUUUUAAAGGUCUUUCAAAGAGAUAACUUUUGUAACUUCAAACCUUUUAUCAAUUAACAUACAUUCACUUUGAUCUGCCUUUGAUGUUGGAAUGUUUCUUUUGAAAAAUAAACGAUGAGAUAUU